AUGCCCCCCCUCUCACUUGCUGCAAUCAUCCUUGCAUGCUGCUCCCCAAACCACAAAUCGCCUGCUUUACUUUCAUCAAUUCAACACGUUCUCUGCUUCAGAUACAAUCAUAGCUCCGAGGAUGCCGAAAUUUACCGCGAGUUUUUAGACGUCGCCACUCGCAUUAUGCCGGACAUCUUCAAGUCGGUAGCCAUGGAGAAUAGGAGCUGUUGCGAGGGCCCGAUCGUCAAUGAUCCAGUCGACGGUGCUUAUCAACCGGAUAAUCUCUUAGGUACGCGCUUGCCUCUUCCUGCCUCUACUUUUAUGUCCAUCUUGAUUCAAGAUUACAGCCCGAAGGCCUGCAGUCGGUGA